GAUUACAUUGGAAUAUGACAACUGAAGGUUCCAUAAAGGAUCAUUUUAUGAAAAAAUGUUCAAUACAAUACAAGGGUAUGUUAUGUGAAGCAAGAUCCUCUGAGGAGAAACGAAAAAAUAUCCCAAAAUCUGUUUGGGAUAGCUGGAAGCCUCACUAUGAUACUGAGAAAUUUAAGGCUAAAUCUGCACAAUGUUCCAAAAAUCGACUAAGUGAGAAAUGUGGUGAAGGAUCUGGUCCCUCGCGCCAUACUGGAGGCUCCCGGACUCACCGAGAGCAUGCAAGAAAACUGGCGACUGUUCUUGGACGGCCACCUCAUCCACACUAACUUUUGAAGAAGACACAUACCAAAAGAAACGAUGAGUUUGUGGAUCUGAAGUCUAAGAGCACAUAUGUAAGUAACACCAAACAUUAUUGAUUAUCUUUCUUAAUUUUUGUUGAGAAUUUACUUAGUCAUCAUUCAUCAUGUUUAUCCCAAA